AUGCCGUUCGACCAAACGAUUACCAUCAUCAACAAUUCCGGCAAGGUGAUCAGCACGAGCAAGCAUCUUGUCGGCAUCUUCAAAGAGGCCAAAGCUGCUUACCGGGAGAAGAAGGGUGCACUCAGGCAGGAGAAGACUGGCGGCUUUGGCCACGCCCAGGCUUCUCGCGGCCCGCCUGGCAAUACCGGCAAGGGCCCCUUCGUUGAAGAGUAUGAUGAGGGGAGCGGCUUGGACGACCGCGAGUAUGGCUUCCGCGGCCUUGGAAACGCCCGCCAGCCGCUCUUUCUCCAGGGCGGUGGCCGUCUGUCGCAAGACAGUGGACGACAUUCCGGCGCCACACCGCAGAGGCCGCACGCUCACCAGCCUCGCCGCAGCAGUAGUGUCGGUGGCAGCAGCCACCACUCCAAGUCACGUCACAGUCGACAUCGUCCCAGCCAGGAUAGUCCCCGGCCGCCGUAUCCGCAACUGACCGAGGGGAACCUUCGUUCCCAUUCCGAGGUCUCGUCUACGGCGCCAUCGUCUUUGCCGCCCCGCCGUCUUCUGGCCGCUGCCGGCCAGCCGGACUUCCAGCCACGGCCCCUCGUUCGAGCGCAAACAACCCCGGCCGCUCCCGAAAGCAUCGUCCCUCAGACGGCGGUCGUGGUUGCCCGGCCGAGAUCCAAUACGGCACUUCGGGAUUCUGGGGCAGAUCAGCUCGAUAUGCAUUUGGCGUACGGUGAUUUGCCCCCCGACCUGGACACGUACCCCGAUCCAGACGCUGGGGCGGCCAAAAGCGAAGACGAAGAACAGAAGAAGGCCCAGGCCAAGACGCUCAUCGAUUACAUCGAAGCCCUUCUGGACGAAGCCGAGUGCAUUCACCACACUGCCGCCUCUAUCAUUGCUCGCCUGCAGAACAGCCCGGAAGCAGCGGCGGCUGUUGCUCUGACCCUGGCCGAGCUUUCAGCGCUGCUCGCCAAACUGAGUCCGACCUUUUUGGGCAUCAUCAAGGGCGGAAGCCCGGCGGUGUUUGCCCUCUUGGCCAGCCCACAGUUCCUCAUCGGCACCAGCAUUGCCGUUGGAAUCACUGUUGUGGCAUUUGGCGGCUGGAAGAUCGUCAAGCGCAUGACCGACGGCAAGCAGGCCUUCGAGGCAGCCAGCUCUUCGCCGGAACAGCAGCGGCCGUCCAGGCUGCCAGCUGGGCCGUCUCUUGCUGGUGUGCAAAUGCACAGCCUUCCUCCGGCUGUCGACAGGACAGCUCCGACCGUGAUAUCUGACGGCUUUGACGAGGCCGUCGUGCUGGAGGAGGAGCUCAGCUCGAUUGAAAGCUGGCGCCGCGGGAUUGUACCCCCAAGCGGCCUCGAAGACAGCGCCGUCGAUGCCGAGCUCAUCAGCCCGCAGGCGAUGCGCUCGCGCAAUGGCGACGACGAUACGCACACCGUGCGAAGCUCCAGGACUCACCACAGCAGCCGGUCGCGAACCGACACCAGCUCCCAACGGAGCAGCCAUAGCCACCAUCGCAGCAAGCGCCAUCAAGACCAAGGCCACGGCAGCGCAGGCACCCAAGAGGCAGGCAAAAGCAGCAGAGGAUCGGUGGUCGGAGCGGCUUCUGUUGUCUCUAGUCAUCACUCACGGCGUUCUGAGAGCCGCGCAGUCGAGCGGUCCAAGUCUGGCAGCAUUGUCUCUGCGUCUUCCGCAUCGCCGUCAUCGCCGUCGUCUGAUCAGGGCACUUCCCGCAGCAAGGAAAAGAAGGUGAGCAAUAGUGGUAACAUGCUGAAACAGCUGUUCAAGAAAAAGAGGGAGAAGGACAACAGAAACGGAGGGGACGGUCACCGGUCAGUUCUGGGUAGAUAG